AUGUUAGUGUGUCUGCUGUCGGGGAAAAAGGAUUGUGGCCUCCAGGCAGAACUAACAAAGACCGUGACUCUGGAGUUGGGGAAGCCCCUGCUGACGUUUGUGUCGUCCCUCAGAUCCCAGACAUGCUCUCCACUGAGCAGCGACGGAGAGUCAAACAGCUUCAUGGGGGCCUACAUCAGGAUGGGGGCAUCAACAACGGCAGCAUUAAACGCUGUGACGUAUUUCUCAAAGUCCAUGGCAGCGUUACUGCAAAUACCAAUGGACUAUAUUAAAAUAGCUUUACAGUUUGGAAUAAGAAUACCAUCAUUAGACGGAACAGAGGUCUGUGAGCAAGGAGAUCUCAAGCAGCUUAUUUUGUGGGGAAUAAGCAACAAUGUGACCUGGUUCUUCGGUACCUCCAUCAUUGACAUCCUCAUGGAAAUCUUCCUGGCUCCAGAGCAGUCUCUGUGCACAUAUCCAGGAUCAGAGUGCCAGAACCCUCCCAGCGUCUCCUUCCAACGCAGCGCCUCAGAGACAAACAACAACACCAAUAACAACCAGGAAAUCCUGCUAAAAUGUGAUCGCCACAACCUGGCCAGGCUCAACGACACGCUGUGUGCCAACAUCCUCACGGGGUCCCGAGCGGGAUCCACAUCUGUGCUCACAUUUUGUCAGGCGCUAAGCUCCCUCAGCCCUACCCAGAUAGAGCAGGUGUGGAGCAACACAUGUUAUGUUAUUCAAACACUGGCAUCUCCACUUCUCAGCCGGUCAUCGGACUGCAGCUUUGGGGAUGCCCAGCCUCCCCCUGCCGCCACCCCUCCCCUUCCUUCUCCAUCUGCACCUCAUCGAGUAGUCAGAGAUGCCUCCAACCUCAAAUUGCUCGCCUGCAACUUUGACAACUGGUUGGAGACUGGGAUGGUGGACGCUGUCCUGGUGUCCCUGUGCAGCGAUAACGAACGUGAGGCGUUUGUGAAGCGGGUGUGUAACAAUGCUUUGUUGAUGAGGAAGCUGCUCUCAGACAAGAUGAACAUCUGGCUGUAUGGAUACUGUGCCAACUCCUCUGCAGAGCCUGGGUACUUGGUGAGUCAGUUCUGCGUCUAUGAGAGUUGGAUCGAGCAGUCCUCAGUCUUGGUGGACCCGCCCUUACUGGAGUUCUGCUUUAGCUUGGACCGGCUCAGGCUAACCCAAAUCAUCUGUGAGCACACUGGAUUCUUCAUGUUUCUAUUCUCCAACCCUGACAAUGGACCGUUCAUGCCUAACUGCACAAGCCUGCCCCCUGCAUCACAAUUCCCAGAGAUGGGUCCAUUGAUGUUAGAUUCUUGUCGUUACUCAGAGUGGCAUGAUGUGAUGCAGAUCACCAUUGAUGUUUUGUCGCAGUGCAUCCUCCAAGAUAACAUUGCUUUCACCAGAGAGGUUUGCUCUAACAACACGUUUCUGAACAGCCUGCUGCGCAAUAAAGAAAAUGCCUGGCUUGAAGCUCACUGCAACUCAUCUCUCACCGUUCUACCCACCGAGCCGACUGAGAUCUUCGACAUCGUUGGCUGGUGCGAAUACCAGACCUGGGGAGAGCGGGAGGUGGAUGAUUCAGUAGUCGGCCUCUGUUGGCAGCAUGACCAGCUUGCUUUUCGGGAGAAUGUCUGCUGCAAGGCGUCUGUGUUGAAAAAGCUGUUAAAAAACUUUCAAAACCAAUGGCUUACAUCAUCCUGCACAGACAUAAAGGCAAUGGAGGAAAUGACAGUGUGUCCACAGAUGUGCAGGUACUCUGAGUGGACCCGUCCCAUCAUCGUGGACAUGACUGUGCUAGCUCUCUGCGCUGAGAUCGACAAACUUAACUUCACGUCCAAAGUCUGCACCAAUGCCACGAUACUCCAGAACCUGUUGGCCAACCAGGACAACACCUGGUUAAUACAGCACUGUGCCAACCAUUCAGUAACAGGGAUAGCUCCAGGAACAGUCCUGCCUGGGUUCAAGCCUGCAGAGCAGUGCCUGUACGCCAGCUGGAGCACGUCUCUUCCAGACGCAGCGCUCCUGACUCUCUGCUGGGAGAAGGACCAGACCAGCUUUGUCUCCUCCAUCUGCCCUAAUGCUGGUCUUCUCUUUUUGCUGUCCCGGGAGCCAUCUAGUGUAUGGGUGGGCAGAAUGUGUAUCACCUACACCAACUACACCACUCCUAAGAAUAACAGCAGCACCACCGCACCGCCUACUUUUUGCCUGGUCAAAAGCCUGGUGAGUCAGUUCAACUGGAGCUGCUCUGUUGACUUCACCUCCGCCUGCCAGCCGGGGGCCAGCCAGAAAAUGGCCCUGCAGAUGAUGCUGCGCUGCUGGGUGGAGAGUCUGAGGUACAGGGUGGAGGGGCUGAUGACUCCACCUGUGGCCACAGUGCUGGAGCAGGCGGUCAGCACUACAGUGGUGAUACUGUUGGCACUUGAGGAAGUCCAGAACACCUCGCUGUACGUCAACAAGAACAUACGACUGAGUGUGUUAACAUCUGUAGGUCACUAUCUGGAGAGGGAGACAAACUUCGACAAAAAGAGGGUGUUGCUGCAGUGCUUUGGGACAGUCUUAACCAGCCUGAUGCAGACCGCAAGGGACGUGAGCAGUAAUGAAUUGCUCGUCAUUAAGGAGUAUUUCAGUAUCCCUCUGAGCAGCCUGAGCUCAGUGCUCAGUUCAGCUCACAUCACUACCGUCAGACUGAUCCUCCAGUACUACAGCAGAAACAAGGAUACACUGAAGUUACCAAAAAAGUACCUGUCCACCAUGGUCUCAGUGCUGUUCCAGACCCACCUGGUUAAAGACGGCAGUCUGUUCCCGGAUCUGGCCGCCCUGCUUGCUGCAGCGAGCCCAGCUGACAUCCAAGCUUUGCCCUCACUGCAGAACAACAUCAAUGUGAGGGAGACCAUUAACAGAGACUUGAAGAUCAUGACUCUGGACCAGCGGCAGGCCUUUGGCUCGUGGUACAGCAAAGUUAUGCCUGCCUCUUACAUUAUCAGAAGUCAUCAGUCACUGAUCAGGGACACCGGAAACCUGAUUGCCUACCUGCCCUUCCACAACUUCCAACACCUCUCCUCUGCUCAGCUGUUGGACGGGCUGGAUGUGUUGCAGAGAAACCCCCUCACUUCUCUAAAGCAGGAGUUUAUAGCUCAAAAAGUCAUCGGCACCUACAGGAAUCUGACGGCUCAGGAUUUUAUCAGGCUUGGUAAUCUGUCAUGCAUGGCAGACCCUGAGGACCUCCUUGUAUACAGACAAGACACUGAGGCCUUCAGUGUCAUCCAGGACAUUGUGAUGAACUGCACACGUGACAAAGGUCUGCCCAGCCAUCUGAUUUCCAGUGUGUUACUGAACAGCACAGAACUAAAGAUCCCCUCCCUGCUCAGUCCUGACCGCCUGGCAGAGCUCAGCCACCUCCUGCCCUCGCUGGGUGUGACCUUCCUGCAGGGCGUCACCCCCUCACAGCUGCUCUCUGCCCUCCCUGCCCUCAGCUCUGUUCCAUUCAGCCCUGCUCAGGCUUCCAUAAUUGUGGAGAAGUUGUCUUCAAUGACAAGUCUCACCGAUCCCAGCCAGCUGCAGAAGCUCGGCUCGCUCAUUGUGGGAAUAAAGACAGAGACCUUCUUGACUCUUACCUCGGACAAGCUGCUGACUUCCCUCCCAGAUAUGGCCCAACACACACCAGGCCUCAGCCCGCCACAGGCUAAUGCUAUCUCCACAAAACUAUGGGGCUUCCCAGAAGUAGUGGGUUGGCAGGAUGAUGUGGAGCCGUUGCUAUAUUGCACGCCCCUGCUCAGCGUCUUGCCAAGGACUCGUCUGCUUGUGAACAACCUCACCACCGCAUCCUCCAAACCCUGGAACACACAGCAGGCUAAAGCAAUUUUUAAAGAGGUGCUUGAUACUAGACCAAACGUAAUCAAACAAGAUUUUCUGAGCCUGGGAACAGUGGGCCAGGGUGUGAGUUGUAAGGUCUUACAGGAACGUUUUCGAGCUGAUUCCUCACCCUCUUCAGUGAGAAAAAUCCUGACCUCCCUCAGACAGCAGCCUGGUCUUCUUCACACUUCCCUGAAAAAGUGUGUGAUCGAGGAGCUGUACCAGUUUGAGUUCUUCUCUGAGCUGCUCAAAGAUCUCGGGGCUGAGAUUGCCCUUUCCAUGCCGGUUAGCACCAUUAAGAAGUUUCCCACAGAUAUGAUGGAGACUCUGAGGAAAAUAAUUGUCCAGGAACCUCGUCACUUCCUCUUGCUCUCCAGAACAAAACAAGACCUGCUGGUGGACAAAAUGGUGCAGAGGAUGGGCAUGUACACAGGGGUGUUCACUGAGGAUGAGUUUCAUUCACUGGGCAUUAUGGCUCCGUUUGUGGUGGAUGAGGUGUUGAUUCAGCUGGACCGCAGCUUCUUCAUCGAGAACCUGGAUUUCCUCCAAGGUCUCUGCUACAGCAGCAGCAAGAUGGACAUUAUGGCUCGUAUCCUGCAAGAACCUGCUGCCUUCGGCCCGGUCAACAACUGGAACCAGACAACACUCAGCCAAGUGGACCGGUUUCUAUUCUUCCUGCCUGAAAACAAACUGCAGAAGAUUUCCCUAGCGGUGAUGACUGUGGGCCGGAUAGAGAAGCUGUUCAUGAGCCAGCGUCAGUGGGAACGUGGGGAUGUGGGGAUCGACUGUUUCAACGAGAACGAGAGGAAGAGAUUCUUUGAGAAGCAACAAUUUGUUCUACAGUUUUUCCUGGGCUUUCUCAAAAUAAAUCCUGAUUCACCGACUCCUAUGGUUCCUACUUGUGAGAUUCUGCAUACAACAUCUCCCUCUGUCUGGACCUCCAAUAGUCUGACCAGCAUGUCCCCAUCGGCCUUCUCCAACUGCCUGGAGCUGAUGGGUCAGGACACGUUUCUCGCAUCCUACCAGCGCAGCCAGGUGCUCAAGAGAGUCAAACAGAUAUACGGCCCGGCUUCAUCCUUCUCCCAGUCUGUGAUCUCUCAGCUUGGAGGAAUAACGAUAGAGCUGAGACUGGAGGAGCUGAGCAGGCUCCGACUGACUGAGCGGACAAGCAUCGCUGCUCUGGGGUCUGUCAGCGCCUGGAGCAACAGACAGCUUUCUGCACUGUUUACCACUGUGUUAAACUCCACCAAACAAAGUCCGAGCCAGCUUGACUCCAGCACACUGGUGGCUAUGGGAUACAUUCUGUGUGGAGCUAAAACCACAGAGAUGAAUUCUUUCAACGCUGUGGAGUUCAGUAAGGCGGUGCUCUGGCUGGGUCAGCUGAGGCUCUCCUGCUCUGAGGAGCAGCUGCUGGCUCUUGUUGGGCUGCUCGCUCACAGUCUGGCCUUUGGACCCAUAAGUGCGUGGGGAACUGAUAUCUUCAUUGAGAUAGGAGUUCUGGCAGCUGGUCUCCCAGACAUGGCUCUGUCAGCUUUGGUGAAAGAGCAAAUAGAAGGAAUGACACCUGCAGCUGUCACAAUGAUACCACCUGAUAAGUUUGCUGUGGUGUUUCAUCAGAGACAGAUCGGCAUGUUCUCCUAUGAGCAGGCGUCUGCAGUGACUGAGGAGCAGCUCUCUGCUCUGUCUGACGUUCAGAGGACCGCUCUGGCUCUGGUGCUGACACCAUGGGAGGACAGGCCUGUAGACUUCAGAGGGAAGUCAGGGGCGCUGGCACUGGGCCACAGUCCUCUGUGUCUCUCUCUGGGACUGCUGAUGCUGCUCAUCGUCCUGCCCUGCCCCGGCACAUGACCCCACUCACCCCUGCUGGAUCAGGAAACAACUCCUCACCCACAUAACCAAUAUUCUCAAUUAUCUAUCUACGCAAUACCUCGUUGCAAUAAGCAGAAUAUCAGGAUUUCUAUUGUGUAAUGACAAUGUUAUUUGUUUUGUGCAUCUUUCACUUAUAUUUACAUAUCAACAUUCAGCACUGAAGGAACCAAAGUAUGGUUUAAUUAGAACAAAACACAGUACAUAUUAAUAUACAUUAUAAACAGCAUAUAUAUCGACCAACAUUGACCAUUUUUUUCAUUACACUUGGCUUAUUUAUUCCUUUAUUUUAUAAACCUCUAUGCUCCACUUCAAAGUAUCUUCUAAUGUGAUGCACUACCCAGAAAAACAACCGAGACACUUCAAAUAUUUAAAUACACCGACAAAGUCAUAUAUUUUUGUGAAAUAAUAUAUUAUUUUUGUCAGAGUAAGAGUUGUUAUGUUUGCUAUAUUUAUAUAUCUAUUGUGUGUUAUGAUAAGAUAACAGGUAUGUUCAAAGAGACUUGAUUCUACUAGUUUCGGUGAACUUGUCAGUCUUACUUUGCUGUGAGUUUUGUAUUGUUGUGCACACUGUGUGGUGUGAUAAAUACAGUCUUAAAUUAUGAACCAA